GGAGAUGGGGGUGGGAAAAGUGCUCCUCUGCUCUUACAUCAUCACGCUACGAUUCGUGCGUCCGGCCGGAGAAUCUGAGGAAGGAAGGACUCGGCUAAUCCGAAGGGCAAAUGUAGGAAGUGACAUUUAUUGAGCGUUGUCUGUGUAUUAGUACUCCUGGCCUUACAAGGCCUUAUAUUUUGUACACGAGGAAGCAAAGUCAUAGUGUUUGCUGACACCAACAAGGUGGCUUCGAGCCAACUCAUUCGGACCACCCUCAGCCACAGACUCCAGAUCCCUCUCCACCCGAGAUAGCCGUUGGCCCUUUCCUGGAGCUACGGGAGUCUUGAGGAACGGCCCCAACGCCGGGGUGCUUUUCGUAGAGAUCCACCGCGGCUGGGCAACGGCGCGGGCGGGAAACCUCCACCCGCUGCUUUCCGCUAGGUGCCGCCGCGGCAAUGGCAGGCGUGGGCUCUCUUGUGUUGCGGCCCUGGAUUCGAGAGUUAAUUCUGGGGUCAGAGGCACUCUCAAGUCCGCAAGCGGGGCAGCUCCUUAAGGUGUUGCAGGACGUGGUGACCGCGGGCCCGUCUCACGCCCCUGACAUCCUUGACGGCGGAGCCAUGCUACUUGUGUCCGACGGGACUCACAGUGUCCGAUGCCUGGUGACGGGAGAGGCCCUGAACACUUCAGACUGGGAGGAGAAGGAGUUCGGUUUCAGCGGGACCGAGGGCCGGCUACUCCUGCUUCAAGUCUGUGGGGUCCGCAUCCAGAUUGCUGAUUGUGGGGCGCCGGCGGAGUUCUACCUCCAGGUGGACCGCUUCAACCUGCUGCCCAUAGAGCAGCCCCGGGUACCGGUGACUGGUUGCAACCAGGACCUGGAUGUGCAAAGAAAGCUCUACGACUGCCUUGAGGACCACCUUUCAGAGUCCAACUCUUCCAAUGCAGGCUUAACACUGUCCCAGCUUCUGGAUGAGGUACAGGAGGACCAGGAGCAUCGAGAGGCACUGGUGCGCCUGGCUGAGAGCUGCCUGAUACUGACAGGCCCUUGCACGGCACCUCCCCUCACCCACUGGGCUGUCUCUCGCUGUGGGGCUACGGAAGAAGCCCUGUACACUGUCCCCAGCUUAUUGCUGCACAUCUCUGAGAAUGACCAGCAAAUUCUGAACUCUCUGGGCUCAAGUCAGAGAGCACAGGGGGCCCCCGCCUUACCUGGGCAUGAGCUGUUGGAAGAAAGCAGUGCCACUGUCAGCCUUCUGCCUGCCCCACCCUUGGCUGCUCCAGACCCAGUGCAGAGGGAUAGCUCCCAGCCCUCACCAAUUAUCUGCUCAGCCCAUGGCCCCCUGCUUCCCACUUCCCCACACUGCAGUCAUACACCCAACUCUCCACACCUGAGCUGCACCCCCAGUCUCCCAUCCCUUGGCCAGGCCUCCAGUCCACAUCAGGCUCAAAUUACCAAGCUCCAGAAGCCUAACCUAGAAUUUAAGGAGCAAGAAUCGACCCCCAACAACCAGCAGCCUUCUCUAAGGACCACAACCAAGAAAGCCCAGGAACCCUGUGCUGCGUGGGAUCCCCCCAAAAGGCAUCGUGAUGGUUCUGCCUUCCAGUAUGAAUACGAGCCACCUUGUGCUUCCCUCUGUGCCCAGGUCCAAGCUGCCAGGUUACCUUCCCAGCUUGUGGCCUGGGCAUUGCAUUUUCUGAUGGAGCCAGAGUCUGAGCUAACUCAGGUGUGAAGAAUCAUGCAGGCACAUUG